AGACCUACACCAAAAAUGCACAAGAGGACACCAUUUCGUAUUUUUAUUUCAACUAUUUUAUUGCGUUACACGAGGAAUGUGCCCUCUGCCGUACCUUCACCUAAAGGUUUUAAGGCACAUACAUUUUGUACGCUACCAACUAUGGCCGAUGCAGUAAGCUUGGAUGCCAUCAAUGCAGCCUGUGAUGUUUUAUACAGAAAUCCGGACAUCAUUCAGACACCACUACUGUGUCAUGUUCAAGGAAUGUUUCCCACACUUGAUCAAGACAUAGAUUUAUACCUUAAACUUGAAAACAUGCAGACAACAGGUUCAUUUAAAAUUCGUGGGGUUACUAAUCAGAUGGAACAUUUGCCACCGGAAGUUCGUAAUGGAAGUCGUCAAGCGGUGACAUUUUCGGCGGGAAACUAUGGAAAAGCUUUCGCACACUGUAUGAGCAAAAGAGAACUUAAAGGUUUGGUAUUAAUGCCACACACUGCACCAGACGACAGAGUUGAUAUGAUAAAGAGCUUUGGUUUAGAGGCACGAAAAGUGCCAUCAAACGAAAUUCAGGAGCAUGUCAAAAAGUGCGUUGCUGAAGGGUAUACACUCUUACACUCCUUCGAUGAUAUCAAUCUCGUUACUGGAUAUGGGAGUAUAGCUUUGGAGAUUUUAAAGGUUGUUCCUAAUCCAGAUGUUGUUGCCGUCUGCUGUGGCGGAGCUGGUCUUGUUGCCGGAGUUACCGCUGGUUUGAAACUCGCAGGAUGUCACGACUGUCGUGUGUAUGCAGUUGAACCCACAGGAGCUCCUACACUGUAUGAAAGUUUUAAAGCCGGUCACGCUGUAACGAUACCAGGUGUGAAAUCUGUUGCCACUGGACUGAUGCCGCCAUGUACGGGUAUAAAGUGCCCUCUUUAA